CCAGAUCUGAUUCCUGAUCCCCCGAUUGCUAGGUCCUGGGUCCCGCCAUGGGAGCCUGAGCGUCCUGCAGUCCCCCCGGCCCCCUGCCCCCGGGGCCUCGAGGGGGAAACAGGCGAGUGGUCUGGGACGCAGCCGGGGUGAGCGACCUCAGGAGCCCCCCUCGUCAACCCCCAUCGCCCGCGCUGCCGGUUCUGGAGCGCGGAGUUCGGAACGACCCGGUGCGCUGCGGAUACAAAGGCGCGGAGCGGAGCAGGGCGUGCGCCCGGUCCACCCGGCUGUUCGCAGCGGCGGGGUGUUGUCGCUUGAAUUUCUCUGAGAGAAGCCCACUCGUCCAGCAAAAUAGAGUCCCUCAGGGUGACGGUUGACUUCCUAAAGGUGCCUCUUGGCCUGAAGAAGACUGUGCUGAAGGAGGUGGCUUUGGGGCCCCCCAAAAGGCCCCAGCCCGCGGCCCUGGAGCGCUACAAGGCACGGCGUUCGGACGCCAUGGACACCGAGUCCCAGUACUCGGGCUAUUCCUAUAAGUCCGGCCACUCCCGCAGCUCCCGAAAGCACAGGGACCGACGGGAUCGCCACCGCUCAAAGAGCCGGGAUGGGAGUCGUGGAGAUAAAUCAGUGACGAUCCAGGCUCCUGGAGAGCCCCUGCUGGACAAUGAGUCCACGAGGGGGGAUGAGCGGGAUGACAACUGGGGAGAGACCACAACGGUGGUCACUGGCACUUCCGAGCACAGUAUCUCCCAUGAUGACCUCACGCGCAUCGCCAAGGACAUGGAGGACAGUGUCCCGUUGGAUUGUUCCCGCCACCUGGGCGUGGCGGCAGGGGCCAUUCUGGCACUGCUCUCCUUCCUCACCCCGCUGGCUUUCCUGCUGCUGCCCCCACUGCUGUGGCGGGAGGAGCUGGAGCCCUGUGGGACCGCCUGCGAAGGCCUCUUCAUCUCCGUGGCCUUCAAGCUGCUCAUCCUGCUGUUGGGCAGCUGGGCUCUGUUCUUCCGCCGGCCCAAGGCCUCACUGCCCCGAGUCUUCGUGUUACGAGCGCUGCUCAUGGUCCUCGUCUUCCUGCUCGUUAUCUCCUACUGGCUCUUCUAUGGCGUGCGCAUCUUGGACGCCCGGGAGCGCAGCUACCAGGGAGUGGUUCAGUUUGCGGUUUCGCUAGUGGAUGCCUUGCUCUUCGUGCACUAUCUGGCCGUGGUUCUGCUGGAGCUCCGUCAGCUCCAGCCCCAGUUCACACUCAAGGUCGUGCGAUCCACAGACGGGGCCAGCCGCUUCUACAAUGUGGGCCAUCUCAGCAUCCAACGAGUGGCAGUGUGGAUCCUGGAGAAGUAUUACCAUGACUUCCCCGUCUACAACCCCGCCCUCCUCAACCUGCCCAAGUCCGUCCUGGCCAAGAAAGUGUCUGGCUUCAAGGUGUAUUCUCUCGGAGAGGAAAACAGCACCAAUAACUCCACGGGCCAGUCCAGGGCCGUGAUCGCGGCUGCAGCACGGAGACGCGACAACAGCCACAAUGAGUAUUACUACGAGGAAGCCGAGCAUGAGCGCAGAGUGCGCAAGCGCAGGGCCAGGCUCGUGGUGGCUGUGGAGGAGGCCUUCACGCACAUCAAGCGGCUGCAGGAAGAGGAGCAGAAGAACCCCAGGGAGGUGAUGGACCCCCGGGAAGCAGCCCAAGCCAUCUUUGCCUCCAUGGCCCGUGCCAUGCAGAAGUACCUUCGCACCACGAAACAGCAGCCUUACCAUACUAUGGAGAGCAUCCUUCAGCACCUGGAGUUCUGCAUCACCCACGACAUGACGCCCAAGGCCUUCCUGGAGCGAUAUUUGGCCGCUGGACCCACCAUCCAGUACCACAAGGAACGCUGGCUGGCCAAACAGUGGACAUUGGUGAGCGAGGAGCCCGUGACCAACGGGCUCAAGGAUGGCAUCGUGUUCCUCUUAAAGCGCCAGGACUUCAGCUUGGUGGUGAGCACCAAGAAGGUGCCCUUCUUCAAACUCUCCGAGGAAUUCGUGGAUCCCAAGUCACAUAAGUUCGUCAUGCGGCUGCAGUCAGAGACCUCUGUGUGACUUUGCAGCUGCCGGCCAGGGAGGAGGGAUGUGGGGGUUCCCGUGGAGUGGGAGGGGCUUGGUUCUCUGGCCCUGGCACAUUUCUGCCAUCCUGCUUCCUCCUGCUAAUGUUUGUUUUUGUUUUUGUUUUGUUUGUUUUGUUUCUUUGUUUUUUUUUUUUUAACUUGAAUUAACUUAUCCUGUACCCGGUCUCCUCCCCUCUUCCUCAGUUUUUCCCACCUGGAAAUCUGGAGAGAACACUUUGCUUUAACAACACCUGGGAACCACCCUGCCCCACAAUUUUUUUGUAUCACUCCAGGCCCUGCAGGAAACAGUGCCUCAUAACUCUCCCACCCCUCGUUCUUCCCCCCAAACGUUCCCUGGAUGGAAGUCCCUUCCAAAAGCGUUCAGGGUCUUCCUGAUUGUGUACCCUUGCCUCCUGAGCCCCAACUUAUAAACGUAAGUUCCUAGAGCCGCGCUUUCUAGUGGUCCCUGAUAGGGUUUCUCUUGGGGACACACCUCUGACCCCAGAGAACCAUGGUGCCAAACUCCUGUGGGACAGCAGCUAACCGUAUCCCCUGUCCCCACCCUUAGCCCCGAGUCCUUGGGCAAGGAUGCACCCGUGACUUAGUCCCAGAAUUAGGAUUCUCCCUGCAGUCUUGCUGUCCAGUAUUACAGCUGUGCUUCCUGGUACACCACACACAGACACACACACACACACACACACACACACACACACACACACAGUACCUCACAGACAGACAGACAGAAGCACACACAUGCACACACACACAGAACAAGGGGAAGUGUGGACUUCUACCCGGGAGUCUUUACUACUGUUUCUGACUUGUAUGGUCACAUGAUCACAGGCAACCGGAGGGGGAACCUCUCUGACCACUUUACCAAGAGCUGUGGGGGAAGGCAUAAUGUGUCUUUCUUAGACAAUUCCCAAGAGGAAGGACAGGAUAGACCCCUGAGGUUGGAGAGACCCUUGUCCCUGACCCCAUCCCUCUGAACUCGCUGACCCCUGUCGGAGCUGUUCUUCCCUGCCUUCACCCAUGAAGGACGCGCGUUGACUUCUUAAGGACUCCAUGGCCUGCAGACCCUGACCAACCCUGGAGUCAAAGACAUUUUCUCUUUUGCACCAGUUACCCCAGUCCUGCUGAAUUCCAGCUCCGGAGACCUGCGGCCUCAUCUCUUUUUAGGGGGAGGGGCCAGCAGCCCCUCCUCAUCCCCUGCCUUAAAUGCAGCUCUUCACCUCAGGGGUCUCUUUCCAGGGCCUUCCAGGGUCCCGUCCUUUUCUCUCCCAUAUCAGGGCGAGGGACCAGGUUACUGCCUUGUGUGGGUAUUAGCUGCUCACCCCGUUUUAACUGACAUAGCCUUUGCAGCGAAGCUGAAUCGCAGUAAUUUCCAGCUCACCUUGAGCAGGACUCACUAACCCUCUAAUGGAUGUUUUUCAGAGUAAACUUGAGCCUUUAAAUGAAA